UGCGCCGACACCUGUUUUAUAUUUAAAAAAGCUAAAAAAUGAAUUCCCUUGGUUAAGUUAAAAUAUUCUACGGUGUCUAUUAAACUAAUCCUGUAGCGAAACAGUGUUGGCAUAACGUUAUUUUUCCAACAGUGCUCGCUCGAAUUGUUUUAUCUACCAGCUUGCAACUGGACCGUGAAAGCAGCACGGUAACCGAUCUGUCUGUAUUCUUCACACGGCGUCUCUCUGCGGCCAUGGUAACACCGUCCUCAAUGCUAGACCUCUGAUUCAAAAAGAACCACACAAACAAGCGCUUUUCAUGCAGCUAUUAUUCAGCAUGAAUUUGGCAGAGAUAUGUGACAACGCCAAGAAGGGCCGUGAGUAUGCCUUGCUCGGGAACUACGACUCCUCCAUCGUGUACUACCAGGGCGUCAUUCAGCAGAUCCACAAGCACUGUCAGUCCCUCAGAGACCCUGCACUAAAAGUCAAGUGGCAACAGGUCAGGCAGGAACUGAUCGACGAGCAUGAGCAAGUCAAAGCCAUCAUGGGGACGCUCGAGAGCUUCAAGGUGGAGAAGCCGAUUGACAUCCUCGCCCCUCAGCAGGAGGAGAGACCUCAGGAUCCAGCGGUUUGGCCCCCUCCCACGCCUGCAGAACACAGGAAUCCAGUUGCAGUGAAGCGGCCCAACAGCGGAGUGAAGCAGCAGAGGAAGGACUCGCCUGGCCUGCAGCAUCGAGGGCCGGGAGGCCGCGGUCCGGCCAACCCUAAACCUGACCGGCCGGGAUUCAGAGAUGCACGAGGCACAAAGGCUAAAGACGAUAAGGGAAAGAAAGGGGUUCCUGAUACACAGGGGGAUGUCGAACACAAGAAGUUUGAUAGCACGGGAUAUGACAGCGACUUAGUGGAGUCGCUGGAGAGAGAUAUCGUGUCCCGUAACCCUAACGUACACUGGGAUGAUAUUGCCGAUCUGGAAGAUGCUAAGAAGCUGCUGAGAGAAGCGGUGGUGUUGCCCAUGUGGAUGCCUGACUUCUUUAAGGGAAUCCGUCGCCCUUGGAAGGGUGUGUUAAUGGUCGGCCCUCCGGGGACAGGAAAGACCAUGUUAGCCAAAGCCGUGGCCACGGAGUGUGGGACGACUUUCUUCAACGUGUCCUCCUCGACCCUCACCUCCAAAUACAGGGGCGAGUCUGAAAAACUUGUCCGCCUCCUGUUUGAAAUGGCCCGAUUUUAUGCACCGACGACCAUCUUCAUAGACGAGAUCGACUCCAUCUGUGGCAGGAGAGGCACAUCGGACGAACACGAAGCCAGCCGCAGGGUCAAGUCAGAACUUCUGAUUCAGAUGGAUGGUGUCGGAGGAGCCCUGGAUAACGAGGACCCCUCUAAGAUGGUGAUGGUUCUCGCCGCCACGAACUUCCCCUGGGACAUCGACGAGGCGCUGCGACGGCGGCUGGAGAAGCGGAUCUACAUCCCCCUGCCCACAGCCGUGGGUCGUGUAGAGCUGCUAAAGAUCAACCUGAGGGAGGUGGAGGUGGCGGCUGACGUGGACCUGGACCUCAUCGCUGAAAAGAUUGAGGGCUACUCUGGAGCGGACAUCACCAACGUCUGCAGGGACGCGUCCAUGAUGGCGAUGCGCCGUCGAAUCCAAGGCCUGAGCCCCGAGGAGAUACGAGCUCUGUCCAAGGACGAGCUGCAGAUGCCCGUGACCAUGGAGGACUUCACGCUGACUCUCAAGAAGAUCUCAAAGUCCGUCUCCGCCGCCGACCUGGAAAAGUACGAGGCUUGGAUGGCCGAGUUCGGCUCGGUGUAGAGAACAGCGGUGAUUAGACCCAAAGGGAGCCGAGCCUUGAAAGGAGGAGUGACAGCUUUGAAAAUUGUCGAAACCCUUGAAGAGGUGAGAACUCCAGUGUGUGAAGCGGGCAGCGCGUCAGGGAUCGAGAUUAUACGGGGGCUCGGGUUCACAUCAGAAGACCGGUGCCUUUGAGGGAGAAAACGAUGAAAACUUUUGCUGCGCUCCCGUGCUUUCACACCUUUUCCCUUCGCUGUUGCCCCGGUCCGACUGUAAGCGUAGAGAUGUCAAUCAUCCAGCUGCUGACUGACUCAAGAGACUUGAGGAAGACCGGCAUGAACUUUUAAUGUAUAAUGCAGCAUAAUAAAAACACAGAUAGGGAAUGUACCUUAGUUUUAUGUACAGAUUUGGCCUCAUGCAAGAACAUUUUUGUGUGUCCUUAAACUAUCCUUAUUAUUUUUUUUAUGUGAAGAGUUUUUUAAAAAUCUGGAGAGUUAGUGAGACUUACAUCGAUCAGCCACAACAUUAAAACCACAGACAGGAGAAGUGAAUAACACUGAACAUCUUGUCACAACUUGAUGUUUAGCUGGGAAACGUUUGGACCUGGCAUUCAUGUGGAUGUUACUUAGACAUAAAUCACCCGUUUAGACCUGUACUAGAUACUACUUGAUGGUAGCACACACACACACACACACACACACACAAAAAAAGAAAAUACGUAAAAGAAAAUGCAGCAGAUUCGAGUCCACUAUCAGCCUGGUGAAUUUGGUGCUGGGAACCAAAGUCAUGGACGGUGUUGCCUUGCGUUUGUGGAACUCGUCAUCAUACAUUAACGAGUUGUAUGUUUCAUAUCACCCCCUCAAAUAUGUUACUGACACUAAGGUUUUUCUCCCAUCGUUUUAAUCUCUUCAUCUCGUCGCCACAUUGCCGCUAGCCUCUUCCUGUGAGUCAAAAUAUGUCGAAAGAUAUAAGACCGAAAGUUAUAUACUUUUAAGCAGAAAGCUGUCGCCAUGCCGGUAUAUAAAAAACAUUAAUGUGACCUCACCUGUUGUAGCAUGGUAAUCCCAGAUGGCGGCGAGUUGGAAAACAUGAUUCGACUGCAUAUUCAUUCAAAUUAAAGUAUCACAAUUCAGACCUUCCGCACAUUUCUGAACAAACCUGCUCUUGCAUGAGGCCCUUUGUCUUAAAGAACUCAGUUUUAAGCACUUUCAAUGUAUUUACUACUGACUGACCACACUUGAAAUGGACUCUGUGUUUUGUAGUGACUGAUUGUGUGUCUGUGUUGUCUUGUUGGUCUUAUUUUCAAUUUUAGUUCUGUUGACACAGAACAAAUGUAGUAAACCUCAAAGGAUGUGGCCGCUGGUCUCAUGGAUGUUUUUUUUUAUUAAAAGGUACGAAUAAUCCUCACUGAAA